CCAUAUGCUUGGUAAAUGGUCAGCAAUCUUAGGGUUGUUGGCUUUUUGACAUGGGCGGUCCGACUGGCCCUCAGGUCAGCGCUAGCGGCUUUGUUAGUAGCCGCAUUCCCCUGCUCAGAAAAAAAGUUGAUCAACAAUGUUAAAAAACGCCCGACGUGCUACAGUGACAUUUUUAUUCGGCACCGGUUAAAUUUUAAAAACAAAUAUUUUAACAUGGCUGCUACGAGGCACGUUUUUCGUUUUCUUUCAAGAAAUAAUAUUUUUGUAAGAAGAAAGCCUUUGGAUAACCGUUUAAAUAUAGUUCAACUAAAUUGUACAAACGUCUUAAUAUGUCGAGAAUUUCGACCAUAUUCAAGAGUGCCAAAGAAAUUUCUUAAGAAAAAGGAUCGGGAAAAGAAAAAUCGAGACGACGUAUAUUUUGUUACAGAUCAGAUUCUGCCUAGACACUCCUUAAAAGAUGCUAUUGAUACUCUUCGAGCGUAUGAUCUUUUUGGACCCGAACCCAUGGAUAUAUUGCUUGAUGUAAAUAUGGGUGAUGGGAAGGAUAAAAUUGGAGUAUUAAAGGGAUUGCUACAUUUCCCAACACCAGUAACACCAGUACAAAAAGUUCUUGUUUUUGCUGAGGGGGACAUUGCUACUAUCGCUAAAGAGGCUGGUGCACAUAUUGUUGGUGGAAAAGAAUUAAUUAAACAGGUUGAGGAUGGUGAAUUGGAAUUUGACCACUGCCUUUGUACAUUAGACUUUUUACCAAACAUUAAACAUCUUCCAAAGAUUUUACGAAACAAAAUGCCUAAUACAAGACGAGGGACUGCCACUGAUGACAUUCUGACUGCUCUUGAAACUUUCAGCCAUGGAGAAACUUAUAUGGCAGAUAAUGAGGGACGAAUUCGACAAACUGUUGCAAAGACAAAUUUUUCUGACGAAGCUAUACAAAAGAAUUUGAGGGAAUUUAUGACAGUUAUCGACUCUCAUAAAACAGUGAGUGCAGAUAAAUAUUUUAAACGAGCCAGCCUGCUGAUACCUCCUGGACCAAAACUUGAUUUGCAUCUACAAGAUAUUUUACCAUGAAAAGCAAAUUCGACUUUAAUAUUCGUCAUCGACUUACUUGAUCUUCGUCGUGCGACUCCGAACUACGCGCCAAUCGAUUUGUUUACAUCAUUGGACAAAGAUGGCGACAAGAUGUUGUCACGUGACGAAAUCUCUCAUUAUGUGAAAUAUCAAUCGAAAA